AUGACGACAGAAGAGGAGAAGCCCGUCAUCUCAACCACUACGGCGGCCGCUCUGUCGGUCGCCUUCACCUUGAUAUAUGUGAUACCAUUCUAUCUGUCAAGGUCGACCCGACCGUCACCGACGCUCAACCGAGACGCACCUUCGGUCAUUCGAGCACGUAUACGGACCGUCACUUUGGCCUGCAUUGUGGCCUCCUCAGCAACCUUUUAUUUACUUGUUGUGACGGCCCGGCUGACACCGUUUGACGCAAUCCACUUGAUGGGAUGGUGGCCGAUCCAAGCAACUGACGUGGUCAAGUGUUGCGCACUGACUCUACUCCUCUUUCUUGGGCCGGUGUUCGAGAAGCUCUUUGUUGAAGGCCAUCUACAGGACUUGCGUCGUGGUCAAAGACUUGUCGAGACCCUCAAGAGCUGGCAGGGCUACCGCAACUAUGUCGCCGGUCCCGUCACAGAGGAGGUCAUCUUCCGAUCAGUCCUGGUACCCGUGCAUUUGCUGGCCAAGGUAUCCCCAACGAAAAUCGUCUUUCUGACACCGUUAUACUUCGGGAUCGCCCAUGUGCAUCAUUUCUAUGAGUUCACCUUGACUCAUCCGCAUACACCUUUCCUGCCCGCUCUCUUACGGUCAGUCUUUCAGUUCGGGUACACGACGCUUUUUGGUUGGAUAGCAGAUUUCAUCUAUCUCCGGACAGGCUCGAUCUAUGCUUGCAUCGCCAUCCACACCUUUUGCAACUGGGUCGGCCUCCCACGAUUCUGGGGCCGCGUUCAAAGUAGGGAGGAAUACCCUCCCUCCCCCGUCGCGAUGAGAGGCAAAGAUGAUACCGAUGCAGUCCAGGCUCAAGGCACAGGAGGACCAUCAGGGCUGAAGUGGACGGUCGCUUACUAUGUCUUAUUGCUGGCCGGCGUAUUUUCUUUUUAUGCUGGGCUCUGGCCCCUGACAGCAUCAUCCCUUGCUCUGGCUGACUUCGGUGGUAAGACGACACAUAAAUAAAAGUAGAAGAGAAAUCCCA